AUGGCCGGCUACUCGAUUUUCGCCACUCGUGAAGAGUCCGCCGCUGCCCCUCGCUUGCUCGCAGUGCUCAACGGCAAGGGGACCUCCUCUCACAACUCGACUUCUUCCAGCUCCAAGUCGACGACCCCGUCCAAAAAUUCGACAGCUCCUUCGGGAACUCGCAUUCGAAGGAAGAAUCUUCGCGAGGAAUCGGCUUCUCCUACUACUGCCUUGGAGCCCUAA